AUGGAUCCAAGCCGACCACCGGCAUCUGUGCCGGAUGCCCCCGACAAGGAGACAAUGGAACAAAUUCGCCUGAGGAGGUUGGCCAGACUUGGUGGCCCUCCUCCUUCGGGUUCCUCACCAGGUUCGCCGCGCAGCGGGACUCCGUUAAAUGCCGGACUUAGCGCAGCGAAGCCUUCGGAUGAUAAGACGGGCGGCGGCAACGGCGAUGUUACGAAGCCCUCAGCUGCCCCGACCGAAAAGCACGCCCAAAUCAGUAUUACCCCUGCCCCUGCGGCAUCCUCGCCGAGCUCAACAGGUAGUAUGGACAGCCACCAGUCUCGACCAAAACGACGAGCAUCAGAGGUUGAUGGGUUAGCAGCAACAACGCCCCCGCGCAAGCAGACUCCUCGCGAGGAAUCCUUCGAGGAUUAUUCCGACCGCAUCCUCUCGACCAUCUUUCGCGUGUCCGUCGAUCCGAACAAGACGGCCGACGGCCAUGGCCACAAGCUCAUCUUCCUCUCCAACUUGAGCCAGGAGCUUGCCGACGAGGGCGCUCCGCUCAAGCUGUCGGUCGAGAGGAUAGAGCAAGCCAUCGUUGAGGGCGCCUCGUCCAUUCCACAUAACCGGCCCCUAUUUGAUUACCUUCUUCCUUGCUGGAAGCGUGUGAACCGCGCGCUCAAGCUGCUCCGUGGCCCUGCGCCUGAGAAGGAGGCUAUGCUCAAAGAAGCCCGGCGGUUGUGCUUCAGCAACUGCAUCUUUGCCUUGACUAUGCCGGAGCUGUUUAGCCGCGAGCCGAACCCCCAGCAUGAUACGCUGGUUCCUUACCUACUGCGCGAUCUCGAUAGCGACGACGGCUUGGACCUGGACUUUAUCAGCGAAGCUGUUACCCGCAUGCCUGAAGACGACACGGUUGCGCCGCUGUUCACCACUGCUAUGGUCGACAUUAGCCAGAAGCUCUCUACGAUGAGCAUGAAUGAUGAUUACAAACCUUAUGUUAAUGCCCUGUUGAAAUAUUCCAAGUUCCCCGCUCUGCUCAAUGCGCUGGCAGAGCACCCUUGCUUCCAGAUGGCGCAAUCAGCCCCGAAUAUCGAGAGAGACACGAUUCUUGGCCCCUUCUUCAGGAUAUCGCCCUUACAACCGGAAGUGACUACUGUCUACUUCGCCAGCCCCCGGACCAUGGACAAGGGCCGUAUCCAGACCUCCCAGAAUGCUCUGCAGAUGACCCUUGCGGCGCACCAGAAUGACCUCAAAGAUAUCAUCAAUGCUUUUAUUCGGGCAAGCCCGCAGACGCGUAACAAGACGUUGGACUGGUUCGCCUACAUCAUGAACGUCAACCACAAGCGCCGUGCCAUGCAGGUUGACCCGCGCGAGGUGGCGUCGGACGGGUUCAUGAUGAACGUAACCGUCAUUCUCGACAUCCUUUGCGAGCCGUUUAUGGACAGCACCUUCUCCAAGGUUGGCCGUAUUGACAUCGACUACUUCCGGAAGAACCCCCGGGUCGAUAUCAAGGACGAGACCAAGCUUAAUGCGGACCAGGCACGGUCCGAUGCUUUCUACGCCCAAAAGCUCGAGGGAGAGACCAACUUCAUCACAGAGGUCUUCUUCCUUACCCUUGCAGCCCACCACUAUGGCAGUGAGGCGACCAAUUCGAAGCUCAAAAACCUUGAGCGCGAUAUUAAGUAUUACGAGAAGAAUAUCGCCCUGAUGGAGGCCGAGCGCCCCAAGUUGCUGAGCCGACCUCAUGAACUCCGACGGCUUGACGAGGCGCUUAAGCGGCACCAGACCGUGCUGGAUCGUGCACUUGCCCUGAAGUACUCUAUAGAAGGCGUGCUACUGGAGCAGAAGAUGCAAAGCCGGUCUCUGCAGUUCAUGCGCUAUGUGACCGUCUGGCUGCUUCGGGUUGCCAGCCAGACUGAUUACACGCCGGACAAGCAACUUGUUCUCCCGCUACCCAAAGAUCAGCCGGAAGCAUUCCGUUGUCUCCCCGAAUAUGCACUCCAGGACAUUGUGGACAAUUUCAAGUUUGUCUUCCGGUACAUCCCGCAAAUCAUCCUAUCGGCCGUUGGUGAUGAGAUGAUCGCGCUGUGCAUCACCUUCCUGGAGUCGUCCGAGUACAUCAAGAACCCGUAUCUCAAGUCUUCCCUCGUGACAUUGUUGUCUCACGGGACAUGGCCGACGUAUCACCUUAAGAAGGGCGUCCUGGGCGACCUGCUGAUCAGCUCCAAGUUCGCGAACGACUACCUGCUCCAUGCGAUCAUGAAGUUCUACAUUGAGUGCGAGCAGACGGGCGUUUCGUCGCAGUUUUAUGACAAGUUUAAUAUUCGCUAUGAGAUCUUCCAGGUUAUUAAGUGCGUCUGGGUCAAUGACCUGUACCGGCACCAGCUGGUUGAGUCGAGCAAGACCAACCGAUCGUUCUUCGUCCGCUUUGUCAACCUGCUGCUGAACGACGCCACAUACGUGCUGGACGAGGGCCUGAGCAAGUUCCCCAAGAUCCACGACCUGCAGGUCAAGCUGAAGGACCCGAACCUGCCCUCGCAAGACCGUGAAAAAGCCGAGGAAGACCUGCGCACCGCCGAGGCCCAAGCAACGUCUUACAUGCAGCUCGCCAACGAAACUGUCGGCAUGAUGAAGCUCUUCACGACAACCAUCACUGACUCCUUCACCAUGCCCGAGAUUGUGCACCGCCUGGCCGGCAUGCUCGACUACAACCUCGACAUCUUGACCGGCCCCAAGUCCAAGACACUCAAGGUCGAGAACCCCGAAAAAUACUUCUUCAACCCGAAGACCCUGCUCCCCGAGCUCGUCGACAUCUACCUCAACUUGCGCAAGAGCACCGCUUUCAUCGAGGCCGUUGCCGCAGACGGCCGCUCGUACAGCCCCACUACCAUGGAAACCACUGCGCGGAUUCUCUCCAGCAAGGGCCUCAAGCCGCCGGAGGACUUACAAGCCUGGCAUGAGCUCUCUGAACAGAUCUACCAAGCCAAGUUGAGCCUCGACCAGGCCGACAUGGACUUUGAUGACGCGCCUCCCGAGUUCGAGGACCCGAUUAUGGGUAUUAUCAUGGACGACCCUGUUAUUCUGCCGUCGAGGCACGUGGUCGAUCGCUCGACCAUCGUGCAGCACUUGCUGAGCGAUCCAAAAGAUCCCUAUACACGGCAGCCAAUGACGGUGGAUGACAUUGUGCCGGAUGAUGAGCUGAGGGAGAGGAUUCGGAAAUGGAAGGAGGAGAAGCGCAGGGAGAGGCAAAGGGAAAGGGAAAGGAAGGAACGGGAGGUGGAGGGUGAUGAGGGAGGGCAUAAGGGGGGACAAGCGGAUAAGAUGGAUUUGGGGGAGUGA